AUAAAUACCUCAGCCCUAACUCCCAAACACAGUCUUAAUUUUCCUUCAUUUUCUCUCUUUAAGAAAAGAAAAACUCCAGCCCUUUUCAUAUUAGAAAGAUUAUAGAAUUUGAAGCAAAACCCAGUUCACUUUUCUUUGAUUAAUAUUACCAUGAAGAGAAGUUUUUAUGAAGCAGAGCUUGAAAAUAGCAUAACCAUGGCGAAUUGCUUGAUGCUUCUAUCCCAUGGGAGGGAAACGCAAUUUCCUUCCUUUGAAGCUUUGAAAAAUAGUGGCGUUAUUAAUUCUCCUAGUCGUGUUUUUGAGUGCAAGACAUGUAACAGGCAGUUUCCUUCCUUUCAAGCCUUGGGUGGCCACCGUGCCAGUCACAAAAAGCCUAGGUUGACGGGUGGUGGUGGAGAUGGGAGCUCAGAGACUCAGUCGUCGUCGUCCUCCUCCUCCUCUGCGGUGGCUAAGCCUAAGACCCAUGAAUGUUCUGUUUGUGGGCUUGAGUUUGCUAUAGGGCAAGCCUUGGGGGGUCACAUGAGGAGGCAUAGAGGAGCCUUGAAUGAUCAAAGCAUGCAGUUGCAGCAGGGUGAUGGUAAUACGACAAGUCGUAGUGCUCAAGUGGUGAUGCCUCCUAUUGUUAAGAAAUCUAAUAGCAGAAGAGUUUUGUGCUUGGAUUUGAACUUGACUCCUUGUGAAAAUGAUUUGGAGUUGUUUAGUCAUGGCAAGGCACCUCCUAACCCUAUGGUUAUUGACUGUUUCUUUUAGAUCAUCACCUACAUGUAAAUUUAUCUCAUAAAUAUAUACAUAUACAUAUAUGUGUAUAAACACACAUACACCUUAUAGCUACCUAGCUUUAGAGGAUUAAAAUCUUGUAUUUAUGAUAUUUAUUCAUUUUUAUUUAUACAAUAGAUGAAAUUUCUUUUGCAUUUCUAUAAGAAAAGUAAAAAAAUAGCAAUAGAAAUUGUUGUAGAUAAUUCUGAAAAUUAG